GGCCGGAGCCCUUCGCUCCUCACCUGGCGCGGCCCGAGCGCGGCGGACAGGCCGCUUCCCCUGGCCGGCAGUUUGCUGCUAGAGAGACUCCUGCCCCGGGAAUUUCCAUCCAUCAUCGCUGGGAAGGAAUCUUUUUUACGAACAAAAACCAAUUUUUAGGAGACCGCCUCUACUUAAAAAAAAAAUUUAAAAAUUGUGUGUGGAUAAAUUGGGAAAAUCUUUCCAGCUUUUAGCAUGAUGUCUUACCUCAAACAGCCCCCGUACGGUAUGAACGGGCUGGGGCUGGCUGGACCGGCUAUGGACCUUCUGCACCCUUCGGUGGGGUACCCGGCCACCCCUCGGAAGCAGCGGAGAGAGCGCACCACCUUCACCCGCUCGCAGCUGGACGUGCUGGAAGCGCUGUUCGCGAAGACCCGCUACCCGGACAUCUUCAUGCGAGAGGAAGUGGCGCUCAAGAUCAACCUCCCGGAGUCCAGAGUCCAGGUCUGGUUCAAGAACCGGCGCGCCAAGUGCCGGCAGCAGCAGCAGAGCGGCGGCGGCGCCAAGAGCCGGCCGGCCAAGAAGAAGGCGUCCCCGGCGCGGGAGAGCUCCGGCUCGGAGAGCAGCGGCCAGUUCACGCCGCCCGCCGCGGCGCCCAGCUCGGCCUCCUCCUCGUCUUCGUCCUCCAGCUCCUCGGCGCCCGGCGGGGCCGCGCUGGGCAACCCGGGCGGCGGGAGCGGCGCGGGCACAGCCCCGGCGCCCGGCCCGCUGAGCGGCGCCCCCGCGGCGGCGGCCUCGUCCAUCUGGAGCCCGGCCUCCAUCUCGCCCGGCGGCGGCGGCGGCGGCAGCGGGGCCGAGGCUCUGGCGGCGGGCUCUGGCGGGGGCGCGUCGUGCAUGCAGCGCUCGGUGGCGGGCGGCCCGGCGGCCUCGUACCCCAUGGCCUACGGGCAGGGCGGCGGCUACGCGCAGGGCUACCCGGCGCCGCCGCCCUCCUCCUCCUACUUCGGCGGCGUGGACUGCGCCUCCUACCUGCCCAUGCACGCGCACUCGCACCCGCAUGCCCACCCGCACGCGCACGCCCACCCGCACCAGCUCAGCCCCAUGGCGCCCUCCUCCAUGGGCGGCGCCCACCCGGCGCUGGGCCAGCCCGCCGCCCACCACCACCACGCCCACCCCCACCACCCCCCGGCGGCCUACGGCGGCGCCGGCCUGCCCUUCAACUCGCCCGACUGCCUGGACUACAAGGAGCCGCCCGCCGCCGCCGCCCCCUGGAAGCUCAACUUCAACUCGCCGGACUGCCUGGACUACAAGGACCAGGCCUCGUGGCGCUUCCAGGUGCUGUGAGGCCCGGCCCGGCCCGGCGCCCUAUUUAUUGCUCCUGGGCCGGAGUCCUCCCGGGCCCCCCGCCCCGAGCUCUGCCCCGCUCGGCGCCCGCGGCCGGCAAGAGGGGAGGCGCCUCUGCCUUGGGUCCAGCUCUCCGCCGCCGGCCGCCGCAGACUCGGACUGGCAGCCGAAGGCCCGCGCGGCAGCCGCCAGGAAGCGUGUAUAUAGCGGACUGUGGGGGCAGGCCGGACCCUUCCCCGGCCGAGGCGACGCGAAGGCGGACUUGCAUCUCCCAGCCCGGCCCGCCGCCCCUCCGGGCCCUCCCGGCGGGGGGAAGAUGGCGAGGCGAGGGCCCGGCUGGAAGGAGGCGCUUCCAGCACUGUAAAGUUGAUGAUUUUCGCCCUGAAGCCGACAGUCAACCUGUGGAAAUGUAAAGGCGACCCCCCCCCCAUCUACAUAUCCCCAGAA